AUGCCUUCAUUCUUCACUCUUACCGCAGUCUCGGCCCUUGCGGCUGUCGGUCUUGCCACGCCCGUGGCAUGGGGCCCGCCUCAAGGACCACCACAAGGACCACCGGGUUGGAACCCUCCAUCGCCGCCUUGGGGACAGCCUGUACCGGCUUCAUCAGUUUCAUCAGGGCCUACCAAGGCGGUGACGAGCUCGUCGGCACCCAGCACCACUUCGUCGGGACCAUCUGCGCCGACUUCUUCCUCCUGCCAAGGCUACUUCGAGCCGUUGGCUCCCCCGUACCUCAAUGACCUGGCUCAGGCGGCGGGGAAACUGUGGUUCGGCACGGCAACAGACCAGCCAGGCACCGGAGAGGAUACCAACAUCCUGUACCAAACCAUCCUCAACAACACGCACAUCUUCGGGCAGGUCACGCCCGCCAACGCCAUGAAGUUCGUCUCGACCGAGCCAGAGCAGAAUGUCUUUAACUACACGGGAGGUGACAUUGUCGUGGCCAUCGCGCAGGACCACGGAAAAUACCUGCGCUGCCAUAACUUGGUCUGGGCCACCCAGAUCAGCGACUUUGUCCUCAAUGGCAACUGGAGCGCCGACGAACUCACGGCCAUCAUGCAAAACCACAUUUACAAUGUGGUCGCCCACUUCGGAGGAGCCUGCUACUCAUGGGACGUGGUCAACGAGGCCCUCAACUCCAACGGCACCUUCUCCGCCAGCGUCUGGUACGACACCAUCGGCCCCGAGUACUUCUACCUGGCCUUCCAGUUUGCACAAGAGGCAGUUGACGCUCUGCCCGCCGGUACGCCCAAACCCAAGCUGUACUACAACGACUAUGGCAUCGAGGCGCCGGGCAACAAGUCCACGGCCACGGAGGAUCUUGUCAAGGAACUGCAAGCGCGAAACAUCCGCAUCGACGGCGUCGGUCUCGAGUCGCACUUCGAAGUUGGCGGAACGCCUUCGCUCGAGGACCAGAUCGCCCAGAAGGAAGCAUACGUCGCGUUGGGAGUCGAGGUGGCCAUGACCGAGCUGGAUAUCAGAUUUGUACAAGCCAACGCGACCAACUCGACCGGAUUCGCCGAGCAGGCGCAGAACUACUACGACAGCGUGGCCAGCUGCGUCGAAGUGGACGGAUGUGUCGGCAUCACCGUCUGGGAUUUCGACGACCAGUACAGCUGGAUUCCUCAAACCUUCCCCGGCCAGGGUGCUGCUACUCUGUACAACGCCGACUUUACUCGCAAACCUGCAUACUAUGCCGUGGGAGAUGCCUUGCAGGGUGUGCCGUGCUCAGUUUGUUCCGCCUGA